UCGAUAGAAUGCUGUAACUAUCUCUUCCACUGAGCAAAAAGUACCAGCAGAGUUGUUGCCAGUGAAGGAUGCCUUCUGCCGCUACAGCGAAGUUAGAAAAACAAGCCUCUACGGAGGCUGUUGAUCCUAUUAAACAAGUGAUUAUAGUAGUUGAACAUAAAAUAAGAAACCUAGAAAAACGGAAGAGAAAAAUAGAAUCCUAUCGUGAAGAAGAGAAAAAUGGUAAAGUCUUAAACAGUGACCAGCUGAAUGCUGUGUCAAAAUUUAAUGAAGUACAGCAGACUCUAGAAUUUGCACGUGAAUUAAACAAACAGUUCCAAGGUAUUGCUGCAGAUGCUGCUAAGCAGCAAAAGAAAUUGGCUCGGAAGGAAGCAUUAGAGAGGGCACAGCAGGAACAUGCAAAAGUUAAAGAAAUUCUUCUGGUCCAGGAUGUACUGCAGAGUAUGGGGCAAGAUACUGUUCGGGAAGAUUUUUUGGCUGGUAGAAAUGGUGCAGCGCAGCUGACUGAAGAAGAUUUAAAGUAUCUGGACGACUUAUAUGUUGAGGUUUCUCCAAAGCAUGGAGGGGAAGAAGGCACACCAUCAUUCCAGGAGCAAGUGAAUCUUUCUGCUGAACACCUACUAGCUAUUGUUGAAGGGAAACCAAAAGAGCUUGUUGGGACGACAUGUGCAAAACUGAAAGAAAUUGUAACAACCAUAGUCAGUUGUGGAUAUUUUGACCAGUCUGUGGAAGAAGCUGUAGAGGAGACUACAGGAGAGAAUGUUGCACCUGAAGGAGAGGUCCCUACGAAUGCAGUUGCUGAAGAAACGGCAGCAGCAGUGGCUGUUGAAGAGCCUGCUGUAUACCCAGUACCUGAACAGCCAGCAGUUUGUCCUGAUGAAACCCCGCAAACAUUCCCAGCAGGAGCCCAGCCAACAUUCGCACCUUCACAGACCCAGCCAGCUCGGGUUAUUAAUGAAGUGAUUGGUUCAGUUGGUGGUACUUUCAAUUUCUUGCAAGAAUCUGAACUGGAUACGCCAGACAUCUCAGCUAUUCUGACAGGAGCAGCAGCACAGCAACAUAGCACACCACCACCACAGCCAGCAGCUGUUCCAGUUCCUGUUCCUGUUGCAGUUGCACCAAUACCGUCACAAACAUUUACAAACCAGAAUUUUGCAGCUGUUACAACAGCGCCUGGUCAACCUCAGGUUGUUUUUCAGGCACCAGCAGAAAUGACACAAGCACACAUCCCUGGUUUUGCUUCGACAACUCCAAAUCCACCUCCUCCAAUACCAAUGCCUCCCUCUCAUCAGACACAACCUGUUGUGCCAAGUCAGCCAUCUGCGCAGUUCGCAGCAGCAGCAGCCACAGUUCAGCAACAACAGAUAAUGUCUGCAACAUUUGUGUCGCAGGCCAAACCGCAGCAACAGCCACCGGCCUUUGUACCAGCUCAGCAACAGAAGCAGGAUAUUUCACCUGCAGUAGUGGUGCCUGAACAGCAGCCCAUUCCUGACACUAAGACUGCCGCUCAGGGCAACACUUCCGAAUGGCAACAAGUUGAAACGACAACUCCAUCUGGUGACUGGGGAAAUACAGAGAACCAAGCUGCUGGUGACUGGGGCACUCCCGAAAAUGCUGUAGCAGCUGAUGAUUGGAAAGGUACUGACAAUGCUGGUUCAGGGGAUGAGUGGCAGCAAGUAAGCAGCCAAGGAGACUGGAGUAACCAGACUUCUGAAGAAUGGAGUACUGCAGGCCAAACAGAUAAUUACACAACUCAAAGUGGGCGUAAUUAUGGUGGCCGUGGUGGUAGAGGUGGCAGAGGAGGCGGUGGAAGGGGUUCAUCCAAUGGUUACUCAGGAAGAGGCCGUGGUGGAAGUGGUUACCAAAAUGGCAGAGGUGGUGGCAGUUCAGGUGGUGGCGGUUACGGCUAUCGAAACAGUGAAGGAGGCAGCAAUUACUACCAGAAUGGGUACCAGCAAAGAGAGAACUUCAGCGGUGGUGGUAACUAUGCUGGUGGUUACAAGAGAGGAGGGCGUGGAGGACCAGGUGGUCCCAGAGGAGCAGGCCAGAGGGGUGGACCUGGAAACCGUGGUGGCAACAAUCCUAGAGGUGGUAGAGGUGGCAACUUUCCCCGUGGUGGUGGCAACAAGCAGUAACAGAAAAUGAUGCUUCUGUCUCACAUUAUGCCAUCAGUCCUUGUUAUGGCGUUAUUAUAUGUACAGUUGAAGAUGUGAUCCUGUUGAGUGUGUGCUUUAACUGUAUACAAGGAACAAUGAGUUUAUCUGUCUGUUGUGUGGAAAAGACAACAGAUCUCAAGUGACAUUUUUGUUCCAUGCUUUUUUAAAGAUAAAAAACUGCAAGAUGUAAUGUGCAAUGACUAAGCAAGUAAUCAUACUGCAUACUUCUUGAAGACUGUGCUAGAUUCAAGCAUUUUAUUAUUUGUGCAAAUAUAAUGAUCCCUAUAGUUGUUGCAGAACUCUAGGGUGUGUUUGUAAUUUACAGUUGCAAUACGUCUUGCCAGUUUUGAAAGUUUUGGGUACACAAGUUGAAAGAACCACACAAUUACAGACAGGUAUAAAAGUAUUAUAGUUGUCAGAAGGCAGUUUUCACUGGACAACAACUGAUAUGAUAAUUCUUAAAAAUAAUUUUAUAAUAAAAUGCCAAAAAAAGAGUACACGUGUAUUAAAAAAUGAAUAACUAAAAAAUACAGAAAUUUAUUUCAUAGGCACUUAAGAGAACCUGCCUGAAUUUUUGUUGACUGGGUCAGAGCACUCCUGUAUUUAUUUUGUGCCUUAUUUUUGCUGUUUAGUAAUGUUUUCUGUUUGACUGGUCUCGGAAAACAAUUUAAUUACAGACUUUUUAAUCAACUUUUGUUUAUUUAAAAUUAUUCAUGAUUUAAUAGUGAACUGAAAUAAAACACAACUUUGUUAAAGGA